ACAGCAGCAGUCGUAGUGUGACUCAGUCAGUAGCCUAUCGCCUGAUUGAAAUUUGUUAAUCUUGUUAGUGUACGACUUGCAAAACGCAAUAAACGUAGAAAACAGUAUUCGUAUUUGGGAAGUCCAUUGGAAAUACUGUAUGAAAAUGAGGGUUUUAGGUGUCAUCCUCUUGUUUAUUGCCCUGUCCAUGGGUGAAGCUGUUAAAUUACAAAGAGUAACCUUAGAAAAAGUACCUUCAGUACGCAAAACACUGGAGAGUGUUGGAACUUCGAUCAAAGUUAUCCAAAAAAAAUGGGGUGCUUCAGAAGCAGGUCCAACCCCUGAGGAACUUAAAAACUACAUGGAUGCUCAGUACUAUGGGCAGAUUACCUUGGGAACUCCACCACAGAAAUUUAAUGUUGUAUUUGACACUGGUUCAGCUAAUCUAUGGGUCCCAUCAACCCAUUGCCAUCUAACCAACUUGGCUUGCUUGCUUCAUAACAAGUAUAAUGGAGGAAAAUCACAAACAUACAAGGCUAAUGGAACAGAUUUUGCUAUUCAGUAUGGAUCUGGAAAAUUGUCUGGCUAUUUGUCUACUGAUACGCUCGGCUUGGGCGGAGUCCUGGUGAAAGAUCAAACGUUUGCCGAAGCCAUCAGUGAGCCCUCUCUCACAUUUGUCGCAGCCAAAUUUGAUGGCAUCUUAGGUAUGUCAUACCCAGCGAUUUCUGUUAACGGAGUUCCCCCGGUUUUCAAUAACAUGAUUGAACAAGGAUUGGUAGAGGAUCCUGUGUUCUCUUUCUGGCUCAGCAGGAAUCCUGACGCUGCUCAGGGAGGGGAAAUUACUUUUGGCGGAGCUGAUCCAGAACGCUACACUGGUGAAAUCAGCUGGGCUCCAGUUACCCGAAAAGCUUACUGGCAAUUCAAAGUUGAUGGGGUGCAGGUUUCCAAUGAAGCUGAUGGAGCAUUUUGUCAGGGAGGCUGUCAAAUGAUUGCAGACACUGGAACUUCUCUUAUUGCUGGUCCAGUAGAUGAGAUUAAAAAAUUGAACACAUUGAUUGGCGGCAUUCCUAUUAUGGCUGGAGAAUACUUUAUUAACUGCAGUAGGAUCAAUGAACUCCCGACCAUUUCUUUCAGCAUUGGAGGUAAAUCCUUCAGUCUUGAAGGCAAAGAAUAUGUCAUGCAGAUUGUUAAGUCAAAUGGAAUAUCUGCAUGCAUUUCCGGUUUCAUUGGACUAGAAAUUCCUCCACCUGCUGGCCCAUUGUGGAUUCUUGGUGAUGUGUUCAUUGGUCGUUAUUAUACGAUUUUUGAUUUUGGGAAUGACCGUGUUGGGUUUGCAGAUGCAGUCUAAUAUUGUGAUUAAAGUGUAGCGUUUAAGGGUUAUUCGAAUGAAUUCGUAAUUGGAUCAAUACAAUUAUAAAAUUGA